CCAUUUGGUCAGCCAUUUUUCAUGAAGUUGGGCAAUCAUAGAACACUUGUGCUAUACCGCGGAUUUAGGGGAAUAGAAAAUGUCAAUUAAGAUGAAGAUUCUCCAGAUUGAUUAAAUUUCUUUUCAUCGGUUUCACUGUCAUAAAUAAAAUCUUCCAGAUCCCCCUUUCAACACUCACGUAGGAUCUAUUGCCAUGUAAAUAAAGACCUACAUCAAAUCAGAAUGUAGUAUUAAUGAACAUACGCUGAAUAAGUCCUUACAAAAAAAUUGAAUAAAAAUGGACGAUCGUAUUAGACCUCAUUUUGCUAUAAAUUAUACAGAUGGGUUUGAUUAUGGAUCACAAUCUUUUGAAUGUCAAAGUAAAGGUUUGUCAGUUUGGUGUUUGAACACAUUGUUUUUUAACAAAAUAAUUUUUUUUGAAUGGUUCUUUUGAGUAAAUAAACACAUCAUGUUCAAAUUCAGUUAAGUGUGUUGAUGUGUCCUAACAAUUGAAAAUUGUAGCAGAAAAUGAGUGUGCAGAGUGUAGACUUUUGUUGUUCAAUAGACUCCCACAAUUGUAAUUCUGACUGAGUCACAUUUUACCCCUCUAGUAAGAAUCUGGUCAAUAUUUAGUAUUUUCACUGAAUAAUUCACACUUAUGGGCUUGAAUUUAUGUAAACAUGUAUAAAAAAAAAAAGAAGAAGAAAAAAAGCAAACCAGUUAAACAAUGCCAAGUCUAAAUGGGUUGAGAGAAGUACUGCCAGAUUUCUAUCCCUCCUCUGUACACUGAAUCUCUAUAACGUAUUGUGCCAAUUACUGAAAUAGGUCAGUAAAUUCAAACUGUUGGUGUAUUUGAUAACCUGCACAGUCUGUUAGUGAUUUAGACUUCAAUUGAUAUCGUAAUAUAUCAAAUGUUCAUUUAUGCACUAAACUUUUUUAUGUCACAUAAAUGACCUUGUUACACUUUCGUUACGCAAAGCAUAUUUUUCUGGAUAGCAACAUUAUCAGCAAAUUUUGUCCAUGUAUAAUUUUUCUGAUGACGACUGCCCAAAGGUUGAAACCGGUUAACCAAAUAAACCUAUCGUGCAUUCUCAGGAUGUGUUGUUGAUCUGUUUUAAUUCUUUAGGUUAGACUUCGUUAAGUUCGUUAUUAAAUAUGAAUUUUGUUGAUAGAUGUAAAUCUGCAGUACUGUAAAUUAUGACAUGCAUCAUCAGAAACCCACGGUCUGUCCUGCGUCCGCCCCGUCUUGCUACCGCUUUUAUAAGCAUUAGCAAGAUGGGACACGAGGUAGACCUAGGGAUUCUGGUACUUGUGACUCUAUUUGUGCUACAAACUUGCUGCAAGGAACACAUUUUUAGUUACAUCUUCACUGAUUUCCAUGUCACAUUGGUUAGAAUAAUAACAUUGACCAUCACGGACUGUGCAGGUUAUCAAACUUAUAAUUGAAGUUGAUCGAGCUCUCUGCAACAACAAAUAGCCACUCUAAAUUUAUGUAGACAGGUAUAUCAUGAAAGUAGCAUGUUGUAAUCAUGAUAACCAAAAUGAUUUAUUUGAUGAAGAAAACUUCUAGCCCUGUGAGAUCCUUCACCGGGGGUCAAGGUUAUAAAACGUAAAUUUGGGUAAAAACUGAUUUGAUAUAUAUGACAUGUUGUGACACUAGUGACUUUGUGUUGGGAUUAGGUCUGUAGUUGGUUGUCGUUGCAUUUUAUGAAUUCAGCGUGUGCCUUCGUUAAUUUGGAUGGGCUGUUUACAACACAGUGUUUAAUAAAAAUUAAUUUCAUAAAUGUGAUGUAAAAGAGUAUCAAGAAAAACUGUUCAUUCGAAAUUCCGGUCCCGUGUUUUUGAAAUGCUUAUCUCAGAAAAAGAAUCAAGAAGAUGAAAAAAAAAAAGUCAGAAUAAAAAAAAAGAACUCAUCCCUAAACAAAACAUGAUUGCAAAACUGAUCAUCACCAGUGGAUACUGGUAUAUAACUUGUAUGAAUUGGGAUACAGUUACACUAUUUCAUUCAAUAUUGCAGCAUGCUGGUAGAUUUAUAAAUUGUACAUUUCAAAAGCAGGGAAAUCUUUAAUGGUUUGUAAAGAAUUGGCUUUGGGUAUAAAAACUUCUAUAAAUGUUUAAUGUACUUUGAUAUAAAGAGCUGGUAAUUAGGUCAAUAAAGCCAUGAAAUGAAUUAGUUUGAAACUAAAUAUUACAGAUAUAAGAAAACAACUUUUGAGACACCCCCUGUUAUUUUGUUUUUCUACACAUCGAGACAAAGACCUAUAUACCACUGUUUGUUAUCUGGUUUCAAAAUACAUAACAACUGACAACUCCAGUUUCUUCAUCAACUUUCUGACCAGAAGUCCUCCAUGUUGUUCUAAAUAUUGGGAAAACUCAACAUCUACAUUAGGAUACUGCAUAGAAAAAUAUAUCAUUCAGCCAUCUUCUCUCUCAGUGUGGAAUGGCGGUUAGAGCAAAUAUUGACAAGCUUCAUGAAUAUUCAUGAGAUCCGUGUGUGGAACUUUGACCUCUGAUACUAUAUGAAUGGCAUUGAGUUCGUUUUAAAAGGCCUGUGUACAGAUCAGUAGGUUUUAGACUGGGAGAGCAAUAACAUUGUUUACUUCACUAACGGACUAAAAUGUUUGAGGAAACAUGCGAGUAGUGUCUCUGAAGCAUUCGGGAAUUGUACCUCCAAGGCGCAAGAAGACCAAGGAGGAUUUUUACAUGUUUUGUACGAUGAUCAUGGAGUACACGCAGUACGAGACGCAUCGUAGUGAGGACCUGCGAGUCCAUCACAACACAAGUCCGCUUGACAGCAGCGGAAGCACUGCCGAGAGCUACACGUCAGACACUACUCUGUCUGCGGGAAGUCCCUCUCACCAUUUCUCCAGCUCUCAGGAGCUCAAUGACUCAGAGGAAGAGUCUGAACUGAUCACAUGUUUCUGUAUGAAGCCGUAUGCAGGACGACCAAUGAUCGAGUGUUCCGAGUGCGAGACCUGGAUUCAUUUCUCUUGUGCUAAAAUCCGCAAAAACAAUGUCCCUGAAGUGUACACGUGCCAGCUGUGCAGAGACUCAAAAUUCACGGCGCGCAAAUCAAAUCGUGUCAGAACUGAGAACAACAAAUUCACGACGUAACCAGUAACAACAGCUCAGAGAUGUGCGAAUGUUUUGUGUGCAAGUGGAUGAGAGUGCGUGCGAAUGUGAUAUUGAUGAGGCUAUUUUUAUGACAACAAAAUUUAUUGUGUACAAAUUCACUGAUAUUCAUUCAUUGUAUUCAUAUGAAAUUUUAAGUGUGCAAAAUUUUAUGACUAGAAAUGCUCUGUGUAGGCCAUUGUUGAUUUGUUCUAAUGCAACAGAAUCAUCCAAAUCUGAAUAUCGCGUUCAAAUUGUGGCAUCAGAAGUAGUGUGGAGUCUGUUAUUUAGUAAGUGAUUGUCGGUGUGAAUUAUAAUACAAGUAUGCAUAAAAAAGUUAAUGGGAGGUAUUGAAUUUGCAAAAAAAUGAAAUAAACUACCCACCACCUACUCGGUGAUAAAAUGAUGAGUCGCAUUACAACAAACCAACAAUUUUGUAAGGAUAACCUGGUGUUUAAAACCAUUAUUAUGGACUGAAAUCACGUUUAUGUAGUGAUAUUUGUUAGGUGUUCAGCACUUCAAUCCAGAGAAUGUCAGAGUUUUGGGAAACCCUAUUUGUAUCACUUUCAAGUAAUAACAGACUAGAAGGGACCAACAUAAGAUUUUUUUAAAAGAACUAUACAAAAAAUUUAAAAUGAUAAUUUGGUCCAAUGACCACUAAAGUUUGUUUUGUAACAUUGAAAAGAAUAAAAUUAUAAAAGCUCUUUUUAAAUUACUAUAUAAAGUUUUUUUUCUCAUUUGUACUUCACAAGAUCAGUAGUGAAUAAAUCUCCUUCAACAAAUGCAUUUAUUUGAAUAUAAAUACAAAUAGCGUAAUAUAUUGCAGAGGAUCGGAGAUGUUCAAUUACACUGUCGUUGUCUUUAUCACAUUCCUUAAUGGCUGUCAAAAAUAUACACCAUAUAAAACAGGAGCCAAACUUUUUUUUGAACUGCCUUGAAUAUUGUACAAGAUACAGGUGGUAUGCAAAUGGGCAUUACAUAAAACCACUGUAGAUCUUGCAUUUAAGUAGAAUUUUUAUGUAAACUAUUUCUGUACAGUUGAACGUCAUGGUCAAUAUAUCGUUAAUAAGGCACUGUGUGAGAUAGCAAACUAAUCAUGAUGAUACAAACAUCAGUAUGUGGCAGCUUCUCUAGUAAUUACAAGUAAUUAUCAUUAGCAGUAAUUAUUGUUAUAAGUAAUUAUACUUAUAAGAAUCAGCUUAUUUCAUACAGACGUAUUUUGAAACUGUCAUCUGAUAACUACAUAAGAAAGGGUAUGCCCUCCAUUUCUUACAGGUUAAUCCUUGUGUACUGUGUGUCCCAACGAUCUCAAGAUACGUGUCCAUCACUUUCAUGCGCUUAUAAUAUGCAAUGUAAUAUUUCUGCCUUGACGCAUCACUCAUAUUGCAUUAGCUCACCGUUUUGUGUCAGAAUUAGGUUGGAUUAUAUUGAGGUAUUGUCGACCAACUUUUGUUCCUGUGUGAUGAAUUGCAACUGUUCCUUUACAAAAAAUAUGUCAAUCAUUAACCAUGCUAUGCCAGAUAUAUAUAAACAAGGCAAUUUGGUGCAUUUAUAUACAUGUAUGUAUAUAAAUUGUCUUGAAUGUGCAUCCCAUGGGUGAUGCCGAAUACCUAGCAGUUAUCGAUAAAAUUUGGUUGAGAAAAUACCAGAGAAUUGUUGUAUAUCACCUAUUUUUGUCAGGUGAUCAGCUUGGAGUCUAACUCACAGUCGAUAAAUCCAUCGUAUAGUGCUGUACUCAAUUUUAGCUGGUUUCUUACUCUGUACAUAAAUUACAAGUGUUACGAAUUUAUUGUUUUAAUAUAGUACGGAACGCAGGGGAGAUUGUCUGUGAUGCUUUUAAUUCUUCUCAAUGUUUUAUGUUUGUAAAGUGCUAAACAUUCAAACGGGAAAGUAUCGUUAUAAAACUUGAAAAAAGUUAAUGAAAUUGACUCAAUUUUUGGUUGAAAAGGUUUGAAAGAAUAGAUCUAACCCAAUGUUUUUGUUGACUUUGUUAGUGUCGGCCAUUUGCAUUUCAUUUUUGAAAUAACUGGUUGUUGUAAAUACUGUGUUCAUAAUUUGUGAAUAAUUUGUUGAUAGAAGUAUUUUCGCAAAUCAUUUUCACUGUACAUCUACUUGUUAAAGAUUCCCUACAUAUUAAAUUGUAAAUCUAA